AUGCAGUAUGAGGAAGAACAACAACACUAUGCUUCUCUCUCCAACUUACUUCCACACUUCACCACCAUUCCCACCAUCCACAAAGCAUGGCUUUUCAACAACUCACUCGGAAUCUUUUCUUUCACCCAACCAGAUCUCUUAACAAACCAAACCAAAACUUCAAUUCUCUCCUGUGAACUUGUUAAACAAGAAACCGAUAUUUGGAGUUCGUCUCGCUUGGAGAAGGAGUUUCAUAUUCCUCAAUCCAUGCAUGGUUCCGUAUAUAAUGAUGGAUGGUUUGAAGGUGUUUCUUGGAACUUGGAUGAAACAUUGAUAGCAUAUGUAGCAGAAGAGCCCUCUUCUACAAAGCCGGUAUUUAAUAAUAUGGGUUAUGUGAAAGGUGGUUGUGCAGAGAAGGAUAUUGGUAGCUGGAAAGGCCAAGGAGACUGGCAGGAGGAUUGGGGAGAAACAUAUUCUGCAAAGAGACGGCCUACACUUUUUGUUAUCAACAUCAAUAGUGGAGAGGUACAAUCUGUCAAAGAAAUUGACAAGUCUUUGAGUGUCGGCCAAGUUGUGUGGGCUCCGUUUAAAGAUGGUUUGGAACAAUAUCUUGUUUUUGUUGGGUGGUCAUCUGGGACAAGAAAGCUUGGUAUGAAGUACUGCUCUAACAGGCCUUGUUCAUUGUAUGCGGUUAGAGCACCACAUCAUGAGUCAAAAUCCGAGGAACCAGAGCACCACUCAACUCAAGAAUUGCAUGCACUGAAUCUAACUCCAACGAUAAGUAGUGCUCUUUUUCCGCGAUUCAGUCCAAAUGGAGAGUUUCUUGUAUUUUUAUCUGCAAAAAGUGCUGUGGAUUCUGGAGUGCACAAUGCUACAAAUUCACUUCAUAGGAUUGAUUGGCCAACUGAUGUGAAACUGUGCCAAUCCUCUAAAGUUUACGACAUCAUUCCUGUUGUAAUGUGUGCUGAGGAUGGUUGUCUCCCCGGGCUUUAUUGUACAACUAUCCAUAAUAAUCCUUGGCUUUCUGACAACUGCACAAUGAUCAUAUCAUCCAUAUGGCACAGCUGUGAAGUUCUACUUUCUGUGAAUGUUUUGAGCGGGGAAGUAUUACGUAUCAGCCCAGCAGACUCAAGUUUCUCGUGGAAUCUUCUUACAGUGAAUGGGAACAAUAUUCUUGCCAUUUCCAGCAAUCCGAUCAAUGUUCCUCAGAUUAUGUACGGAAUGGUCAUUGAGAAGGCCAAGAGAAAUAUUACAUGGAACUGGUCAAAGAUAUCCAGUCCCAUAUUAAAAUGCUCUGACAAGGUUAGAUCUUUGUUGUCCUCUCUUCAGUGCAGUAUACUGAAGAUCUCAGUCACAGAUGCUUCAAAUGAUCCAAUAAAAGGUGCUGCUAAACCUUUUGAAGCUAUAUUUGUGUCAUCCAAAACCAUGAACAAGGAUUUAUGUGAUCCAUUAAUUGUGAUCCUUCAUGGAGGGCCACAAGACGUCUCUUUGUCACACUUCUCCAAGUCUUGGGCGUUUCUAUCUUCGGUUGGAUACAGCUUGCUGAUUGUAAAUUACAGAGGUUCAUUAGGAUUUGGCGAGGAAGCACUACAAUCUCUUCCAGGGAAAGUUGGACAUCAGGAUGUCAAUGAUGUUCUCUCUGCCAUAGAUCAUGUGAUCAACUUGGGUCUUGCCAGUCCAUCCAAGAUUACGGUGAUGGGAAUUUCACAUGGUGGUUUUUUGACGACACAUUUGAUUGGCCAGGCACCAGAGAAGUUUGUUGCAGCUGCUGCAAUUAAUCCUGUUUGUGACUUUGCACUGAUGGUUGGUACAACCGAUAUCCCUGAUUGGUGCUAUGUAGAGGCUCUUGGAACCAUUGCAAGAAAUCGGUUUAUGGAAACAAUUUCAGCAGAAGAUUUGUCUCUCUUCUAUAGCAAAUCUCCUAUCUCGCACGUUUCAAAGGUAAAGGCACCAACACUUUUCCUUUUAGGUGCACAAGAUCGUCGCGUACCAAUCUUUGAUGGACUGCAAUAUGCUCGAACUUUAAAGGCGAAAGGAGCAGAGGUCAAAAUCAUCAUGUUUCAAAAUGAUGUUCAUGCACUCAAAAGGCCACAAUCUGAAUGGGAAAGUAUCCUUAACAUUGGGGCGUGGUUCAACAAAUACUGCAAAUAA